CGCCCCCCCAAAAAAAAGUAUUUAAGAAAAAAAAAGAAAGAGAAGGAAAAUUAAGGGAAUUAAUAAUUUAGGCUAAAAAGGUCACAAAAGAAACACUGUGUUAACAGAUUAGAUAUUGUUCUUGGCAUUACUUGCUGCUGGUUUUAAAGGGCAGAAUCAUACAGCUGCUUCCACAUUUCCUUGGGGGCAGUUGAGACAUAGAGACAUCCAGGCUAUGUAUCAACUAAAAAUUUAUAUUUUUAUAUUAGAAAAAGAGAAUGGGUAUUGCAGAUUAUAUAGCAGUCUGCCACAUUUGCUCUCGUGGGUCUUGGGUUCUGUGAGGUAAGGUAUCUCUUAUUGUGCCCUCAGUUUUCUAAUUAUUUUAGUGAGACUUUAGUAGUACAAAUGGAAGGUGAUACUUGACCAUUAUUUUUUCGUCUUUUAGAUUCUCAUGGCCCACUAUAUUUCUGGUUAGAUUGAAGUAGCAUGGCGAGGUUUUGUUUUGUUUGUUUGCGUAGUUGAUCUAGAGCAGCAGGUUUCCAAAUUUUUUGGUCAUGAGACCACUUUACACUCUUAAAAAUUACUAAGGGCACUAAAAAGCUUUGUUUCUGUGGGUUAUAUCUAUUUAUAUUUACCAUAUUAAAAAUUGUAGCAGACAUUUACAAGAAGAUACAAGUGAGCAUAGCCAUUAACUUGUACCCUACGGAACUCUCCACUAUACAGAUGGAUGGUAAAAAAAGCAAAUAAUGUUUUAGUGAUAUUACGAAAAUAAUAUUGACCUUGCAGACCCCUUGGGGACGCUGUAUCACACUUUGACAUCUACUGGUCUUGAGAACAUAACCUGUUUAUGCUGACAUUGGUAAUUGUUUAUAUUGCAGGGGAUAAGUGCUAGGACUGCAGAUUGAAAAAUAAAGGAAUUAAGGCAGGACCACUGCCACUGAGUAGUUAAUGGUCCAAAAAGAAGCAGUUGACUGACCAAUGUAUAAACUUCUUUCUUAUUAGAUUUGAGGGGAGUUGGUUUCUGUUUCUGAAUUAUAGAUAAAUUUGUGUGUGGGAGUUAAUAGAGUUAAAGAGAGAUUUAACUAUUGGUUUUCAUCUAUAGGAAUUUAAUAAAUUCUGGUGUUCAAGAUAUAUUGAAUUAAGCAUUUUAUACGUCUAGAAGCUCAUUGUGGAAAAGUUUGAUUUUUCUGUAUACUUACCAUUGUUUUUGGCCGCCCAGCCCUGAAUCUACCUUUUCUCACCUGGCACAUCCCACUUUGCCUCCUAAGGAAGUGUGAAGUGCUAGAUAUUUGCGUUUUUAACCACCUUUGCAGCCUGGCUGCAGGCGUGUGACCUAGGUUCUGCCAGUCAGGCACCUCCAUCUCAUAUUUUGAAAUAGAAACUAGUGACAUGAAAAAAUAUGUGGCACCUUCACAGGUGGUUUCCCAGACAGCAUCUGGUGUCGGUGAUGGAAGCCGCUGGCUGCCCCGCCCAUCAGUGACAGGCAGCAGACCAGUGCUGCUGUGUGAUUUGGGGUCAGGUUGCUGGGUAUGUAGCCUCCAGGCCCAAUUUCUCUGGCCUUCUUGGUAAUUUGUGACCUUUCCAUUAUCAUUCUGUGGAUUCAAGAGUCGGUGCCUUUGCUUGCAACUAAGAAUCCUGCUUGAUACAUUCUCAGAUGCAGUGUCUUUCAAAGUGUUGUUUGGAAGUCUCAUGUAUCAAAAUCACCUGCACCACAUCCUAACAAUGCUAUUGGUGGGCUUAAAACUAGGGGAUCCAGAAUCCUUUUGAGUUCCAGGAAUCUGCAUUUUAAACAAGUCUCCGGGUUAUAUGAUUUUAGAAGUGCUGUGCUAAUGUUUCCAACUUUUUAAAUUAUUUGUGCUCUGUUUAAGGAUCUGAGUAACCCCUAAAAGAAUUCAUUCUUGGCUUUUAGGAGACCCUAAUCAAUGAGUAACUAGUAUUUCCUUGUCCUAUUCUCUCCCCACCCAGCCUCAAAUUCUCCAUAAGCCUCUUUGUUCUGUCUCCUUAACUCUUUUAACGUCUUUUUUUUUUCCGUUUUAUUCUCACCAAAGAAGUGGUAAUUCCCCCAAAGGGAUUGCCUACAUUCAGUGGUCCCAGGAUUAAUUUGGAUUUUAAAAGUACACUGUGACUAGGGCUCUCUGUAGGUCCUUCUUUCUUGUGCAUUUCUGCAACCUGCAGGCCGACAGCUUGAUGUGUACUCCAGGGAUCACUGGAGAGGAUGAAGGGGAAAGAUCAGAACACACUAAGUGACUUUCCUUGGAAGGAUUUUCCAGCCAUGGAUUCAGAUGAAGUGAUUGAGAAGAAACAAUAAACACCAUCAUUUUGUAGACAGGACAACAUGGAUCAGCCGUUAACGGUGAAUUCCCUGAAAAAGUUAGCUGCCAUGCCGGACCACAGGGAUGUUUCCCUCAGCCCGGAAGAGCGAGUCCGCGCCCUAAGCAAGCUGGGUUGUAAUAUCACCAUCAAUGAAGAUAUCACUCCGCGCCGCUACUUUAGAUCCGGAGUAGAAAUGGAGAGAAUGGCGUCCGUGUAUUUGGAAGAAGGAAACUUGGAAAAUGCCUUUGUUCUUUAUAAUAAAUUUAUAACUUUGUUUGUAGAAAAGCUUCCUAACCAUCGAGAUUACCAGCAAUGUGCAGUACCCGAAAAGCAGGAUAUUAUGAAGAAACUGAAGGAGAUUGCAUUCCCAAGGACAGAUGAAUUGAAAAAGGACCUUUUAAAGAAAUAUAACGUAGAAUACCAAGAAUAUUUGCAAAGUGAAAACAAAUAUAAAGCUGAAAUUCUCAAAAAACUGGAGCAUCAGAGAUUGAUAGAGGCAGAAAGGAAGCGGAUCGCUCAGAUGCGCCAGCAGCAGCUAGAAUCGGAGCAGUUCUUGUUUUUCGAAGAUCAGCUCAAGAAGCAAGAAUUAGCCCGGAGUCAGAUGCGAAGCCAGGAAACUCCAGCGCAGUCAGAGCAGAUUGAUGGGAGUGCUUUGUCCUGCUUUUCCACACACCAGAACAAUUCCUUGCUGAAUGUAUUUGCAGAUCAGCCUAAUAAAAGUGAUGCAACCAAUUACGCUGGCCACUCGCCUCCCGUAAACAGGGCCUUAAAGCCAGCUGCAACUCUAAGUGCUGUUCAGAAUUUAGUGGUUGAAGGACUGAGAUACGUCGUUUUAUCAAGAGAUCUUUGCCACAGAUUUCUGCUCCUGGCAGAAUCUAAUACAGUGAGAGGAAUAGAAACCUGUGGAAUACUCUGUGGGAAACUGACGCAUAAUGAAUUUACUAUUACCCACUUAAUCGUGCCAAAACAGUCUGCGGGACCAGACUAUUGCGAAGUGGAGAAUGUAGAAGAAUUAUUCGGUGUUCAGGAUCAACACAAUCUCCUCACUCUGGGAUGGAUCCAUACACAUCCAACCCAAACUGCGUUCUUAUCCAGUGUUGACCUCCACACUCACUGUUCUUAUCAGCUCAUGUUGCCAGAGGCCAUUGCCAUCGUCUGUUCACCGAAGCAUAAAGACACCGGAAUCUUUAGGCUCACCAAUGCUGGCAUGCUUGAGGUUUCCGCUUGUAAAAAGAAGGGCUUUCAUCCACACACCAAGGACCCCAGGCUGUUCAGUAUAUGCAAACAUGUGUUGGUAAAAGACAUAAAAAUAAUCGUACUGGAUCUGAGGUGAUAUGUUCCGAAGAUUAGCACCGUCCACGCCAGACACUUACCCAUGGACCUGUGGUUGCUGGAUUUUCUUAAGAUGUUUCCAGAAAUGACUGACAUUUUAUAUUUAUACAUUUUAGAUCAGAAAGUUUGAUAUUUAUUACUUUUGCACAUUUUGAAGCUUUCUUUUUGGGUUGCUUUGUCUCAAGAGAGGUUACCAUGGAGUUAAAUCAAUACCUAUUAAUGUGCCCAAAUACUAUGACCAGAUAAUAAAUUGUGCCGCAAACAACAA